CAGGCGGAAAAUCUGCUGCAUCAGCUGCAAGAGAAUUUUCAAGCUCUGACUGAAAAGAUAACGCUGAGAAUGGAAGAAAUGGGCGAGCGCAUUGAUGACCUUGAGAAGCAUGUUGCUGACCUGAUGACAGAGGCUGGGAUAGAAAACACCGAUGAAGAGUUGAGAGAGCCAAAGAAUGCUACCGGUUUUUCUAAAGAAAAACUGGAGCUUGAUGCAUCUGUUCCACCGAGUGCCACAUACAAGGGCACUGAAAUGAGGACGUGACCAAGAAAGAUAAAGGGAGAACAGCACCGCACUGAAUCUGGGAGUUUACAAUCAGUGUCACUAGUCACAAAAAGCGUCAGUGAAAACAAACACACUUGCAUCAUGUCAC